GAAAAAAUUACUAACAACUGCCCAGUAUAUUUACAAAACUCUAUUCCAAGAGGAAAAGGCCAGUGACAUAACAGUUUUCAUCCUGGGAAAACCAUGGAGAUUACACAAAGUUUACAUAAGUCAAAGUCCCUACUUUGCGAGCAUGUUUUCUGGCUCUUGGAAAGAGGCAAACCAGAAAGUUGUGCACGUGCAACUCGCUGAUCCCAAUAUAACAUUAGAAUCUCUAUUGGUCGUAUUAGGAUCAUUCUACCAGGACGAGGUCAGCCUCGAGCCAAAAGACGUCAUUCCGAUUUUAGCAACGUCGACAAUGUUCCAGUUACAGGGCUUGAUUGAUCAGUGCACCGAGAUAAUGAUCGAAACGACAAAUAUAAAGACUGUGGUGCCUUACUAUAAUGCAGCUGUAUCUUACGGUGUUCCAGCAGCUAAGAAGGCAGCAAAGAAAUGGUUGGAAGUCAAUCUUCUUGGCUAUGGUUGGAGAUUUCCUUCAUUCCUAAAAGAAUUGACACCUGAUGUGAUGGUUGAAUUGGUCGAGAGCCCUGAAUUAGUCGCGUGGCAGACGGAAUUUUGUAUUUAUAUGAUGUUAAGAGAAUGGCUUUUUGUCCAUAUGGAGGAUAAAUAUCAAUCCCUCCAGGUCGAUGACUACUUCAAAACUCAUACGUGGACAGAGCCCCUGCUGUCCACCGAAGAAGGAAAAAAAUAUGCAGCCCCAUUUAGAGCUUUGAGGAUGAAAAAUCUUCUAUUACACGAUCAGGAUGUCAAAAUCUUAUAUAAUGAUAAUUUAAUACCACCUGAUUGGUUGCAUGACGCCUACAGGGAACAGUGGUUACAUUUAUUGCGGAUCGACGCCAACAUUGAUCGAGGUCCAAAAGAAAUAACUGAGGAAGAAUUCCUGAAGGAAUGCUUUCGGUGUGGCAGGUGUGUGGAAAAACCAGGUGAACACAUAUGGAGAUGGACUGCCUUCCACUUUGGAUUGGAUCUCGUUGUUUACUUAGAUACGACGUCAUUGAGGAUACGAAGGAAUCAUCGGUUGGAUACAGAUCAUAUUACUAUAAAUCAGAGGAAAAGAAAUAUUAUCAUCAAAGUUUGUUUAAUAUCCCUCGAUGAGCAACGUCAGAUAAAACACAUUCAGGACACUGGAAUUCUCCGAAUUUCUCUGCACAAGAAUGAAGAGAAACAAAUUAUAGUACUGGACAAGCAGCUGACAUACCCCCUCUAUAUAUCCGUAAAUAUGCAAGUGGCGACACCCUUUGCAGCAUUCACCACGGAGAAAUCCCCGAACCAGAAACACUGGAGGACCGUCUAAAGCGGGUUCCUCAACACUCUCAUCUAAAACCACUCAUCCUCGAGAUAUUUGCAUAAUCAAUAAAACUAUUAUGUUUAACUUGAACCGUUUCACCCCUCAACCUCGAUCAAUGAUUAAUUUUGCCACUCAAAUCAAUUAUGUUCUCAUUGAAAUCACCCAUCAUCACUUAUUUAUUCUAACUUAUCGACUUACCUAAUCGGAAUAGGAUUAAUUCAAAUGAAUCAUUUUUCCGGAUAAAUCCACAUAAAAUCAGUUCUAAGAUUCAUUGAAAAAUGCACAAAAUGUUAUUAACAUGUUGUUAAUAUUGAAACAUUCCGAUGAUCAUGAUCAUGAAAAGGCAAUCACUGAAAGCAUAAUGAACCUACGAACGUUCAAGUGCCUUAAACAUAAAGAUACAUAGAGGGAUAAUUUUAUUUGAGAUGAAGACAUGGGAGAAAUGUUAUCUCCAAAUUAGGUGAAGGUGAAUUAUAAUUAUUAUUUUUUGAUACGCUUCUACUUUACCUUUUUUGUAGUUUGUAUGUAAUUAGCGAUCACGUACGUCACGAUGAUCAUGGAUAUUAGCUUUUUUUUAUUUUUAAUGUUUUUUUUUUCAUGAAAACGAUGAAAUAAUAUAAAUAUCAAAGUUUCGAUGGAAUUCGUUAAUUUUCUUGUUCAGCAGCCCAUAAAUGAUACAGUGCACUUAAUUGAAGCUUCCGCAAGGCUGUGAACUUUUGUAUUUUGUACCUGUACCGAUAUAACGUUUAAUUUAUUAUUUUAUAAUAAAUGUGGACAAUGAUUAAGAGUUCCUUUGGUAAUUGAGAAUAAAUUACAUGUAAUUAAUGAUA